UCAAAAAGCAAUUGGGUGUUGUGAUUUUUCAAGCAAGUUUAAGGAGCUGUCAGAAUUCUUUUGGUGUUUGAUCGAGUAUCACAAUAUCAUUUUCUUUCUUUAUUUGCUUUCGUUUCUUACUUUCUUUGUUCCAUUUUUAUUUUGGUUCCUAAUACGUAGUAGACUCUUUCUUCCCCAACUUAGAAUGUUUUUUCCUUUGUUCUACUCCUGUUUUAAUGAAUAGUUAUGGAUCCGUUAUUAUAGUAAGCUUUCGAGGCCUAAAAUUUAUGUCCGCUUCAUACAGGAAAAAGUCUUACUAAGACGUAAAUUCUAUCAUUUUUAGUACGGUCUAUUUCUCAUUUCAAUUAUGUCAACAUGUACAUGUCUCGUAAAUCAGAUUUUGGAGUCUCACAGUUGUUAUAAAUAUGGAUCUGAUCAUAUCCUAACAUCAGAUAUCCAUCUAGAAAAUAAUGUCAAAAAGCGAUGUAGAGUUGUUAAAUAAAAAUAAUGUUGGAGAUGAAGCUCAUAGUGAGCUUCUCGCAGCACAGGCGCACAUAUGGAACCAUGCAUUCAGCUACAUCAAUUCAAUGUCACUCAAAUGUGCAAUUCAGCUUGGAAUUCCAGAUAUUAUCCACAACCAUGGUCGGGCCAUGACGCUCUCUGAUUUGGUGAAUGCGCUCCCUAUCGACGACAAAAACAAAGGACUGGAUUGUGUUUAUCGUCUCAUGCGUAUUCUAACUCAUGCAGGCUUCUUUAUAAAAACCAAUAAAGAUAUUAAUGAAUUGGAUCAAGAAAAUAUUAGUUAUAUGCUCACUUCAACUUCACGUCUCCUCCUUAAAGAUGAACCUCUGAGCAUGAUCCCCUAUCUACAAGCUCAGUUUGAUCCAAUCUUAAUGGGCCCAUGGCAUUACCUAAGCCAAUGGUUCCAAAAUGGCGAAUCUAGUACUACAUUCGCGAUUGCCCAUGGCAAGCCCUUCUUUGAAUAUUUGGAGAAGGAACCAAAGCUUAACCGUGUAUUUAAUGAAUCCAUGGCUAGUGAUGCCAGAUUGGUUAUAAGUACAGUGAUUGAAAAUUGUAAAGGAGUUUUUGAAGGGUUGAAAUCAUUGGUGGAUUUAGGAGGCAGCACUGGAACCGUGGCUAAGUUUAUUGCCAAUGCAUUUCCACAAAUAAAUUGCACUGUCUUGGAUCUGCCGCAUGUAGUUGAAGGGUGUGAAGGGAGCAAGAACCUGAUCUAUGUCGGAGGAGACAUGUUUAAGUUCAUUCCUCCUGCCGAUGUAAUUUUACCGGAGUCGAUAUUACAUGAUUGGAGCGAUGAUUAUUGCAUCAAAAUAUUGAAGAAAUGUAAAGAAGCAAUUCCAAGUAAGGAGAAUGGAGGAAAGCUAAUCGUCAUUGAGAUAGUGAUGGAUCACAACCGAGACCACAAGUCAUACGAAACUCAACUCUUCCUGGACAUGCUUAUGAUGGUUGGUGUUAAUGGAAAAGAAAGAAGUCAACAAGAAUGGGCAAAAAUCUUCUCUAUUGCUGGUUUUAGUGACCACAACAUUAUUCCUAUACUGGGAUUAAGAUGUGUGAUUGAGGUCUACCCUUAAUCCACCGUUUUCACAAACGUUCAAAUAAUACAAGGCUUGGCCAAAUUAUGUGACAUUCCAAUGACAGAAGGUUUGGCCAUAUAGUAGAAGCCAGUAUUAGCACUCUUAUCUUACGUUACCCUGUUUGUGCGUUAUCGGAAGUGUUAUCCUUCAUUUCUCAAUGUUUAAUAAAGUAACCUCUUGUAUUA